GUAACCCUCAAACCCAUCAGUUACGACUUACGCAGAACAAUCCAAAAAAACCUAGAAAAUGGCCCAAGCCGCGAGGCUAAACCUGAGAAUGCAAAAGGAACUGAAACUUCUCCUCAGCGAUCCGCCUCCUGGCUCCUCCUUUCCAUUUCUCUCCGCCGACUCUGACCUCACCUCACUAUCCACCAUUCAUGCCCAUAUUGAAGGUCCUCAAGGCACCGUAUAUGCUAAAGGGGUUUUUGAAAUCAAAAUUCAAAUACCUGAAAGGUAUCCGUUUCAGCCUCCGAGUGUGACCUUUGCCACGCCUAUUUACCACCCUAAUAUUGACAACGGUGGCCGAAUAUGCCUUGAUAUUCUCAAUCUUCCCCCAAAGGGGGCAUGGCAACCAUCCCUGAACAUCUCAACUGUGCUUACAAGCAUAGGGUUGUUACUGAGUGAACCAAAUCCUGAUGAUGGACUCAUGUGUGAAGCGAGCAGGGAAUACAAAUAUAACAGACAGGCUUUUGACCAAAAAGCUCGAUCAAUGACUGAGAAGUAUGCAAAGGCAGGAGUUGCUGGGAAUAAUUUCAGCAGUCAAGGCGUUCCGAACUUGAAUUCUACUGUGGCUGAAGUUAGAGGAUCAAUAGAGUCAAGACUUGAAGUCAGUGAAUUAGUUUCAAGUCAUAACAAUCAAUAUGGUAUCAGCCGGAAGUUGUCGCUGGAGUUUUCAAGCUCAAGCCAAAGCCAAAAUAGGGACAAUGAUGUGGAGGUGAAUGAGAUGGGAGCUAAUGGAAAAAGGAAGGAUAUAAGUUUCACUCUUGAUGACUUUAACUUGAGACGUGAGAAGCUAUGUGGAACUAGGCGGAAGCUAUCACUGGAAUCCUCUUGUCAAAUUCUGAAGCAAGACGGUUGUGUCAUGGAAAAUGUAUUGCCAAAUCAGUUUCCACUGUGUAGCCCUGAAACCAUUUCUGUAACUUCUUCAGGAUCAUCUUUGCUGCACGCCAGCAAUUUUAGACAGCAAAAACAUCAUAACAGGGAAUUAAAGAAUGGUAGCAUAAACACUAGCUCGAAGCAUCUGUGCGAGGAUGACCAGGAAAAGCCGUGGAGAUCUUUGGAUAAAUUCCAACUAAAUGAUGAUAAUAAUGAGAAAAUCUUUAUCCAGCCACAGGUAUUGCCCUCCCAGUCACACCUUAAAUCAUCAUGUGGAGCACAAUCAAUGCCCCUGUCCAUUAACUGUAAUGAACUAGAGCCUUGUAAGGAUUUUAUUGAUACUAUGGGAAAUGGCUCUACUGAGGUGAACUACAAGAAGCUAUGUUCCUUUGGCAAGAAGCAUUCACUGGGAUUCAAAGGGCUAUCACUAGGACAGGAAAAGGAUAAUAAGGAGAACGAGGCUCCACUUCGGAAACAACCUCUUUCAAGUCCCCACCGCUCUUCUACAAAGAUUGGAAUUGGGCGAAAAUUGUCUCUUGGCCCUCUGACCCAUUUGCAAGAUAGCAAUAAUAAUAACAGCUGCAUACUCUCACACAAGGAGAACCUCUCCACAGAUGCAUCUAAGUCAUUGUUCUUGAGAAAGGAAAAAAAGGAGCAAACAGAUCAAGAUCGUGGGGAGACUCAGCAACAGAAAACAGUGGAAUCCCCAAUAUCUGAAGUGGUUGUUGUGCUAGAUAGCGAAGACAGCGAGGAGGAGAGGGAUGGAGUUUUGAGGUCCAAGCUGUUGCUAGGACGGAAGCGCAUGGGGAAGUACAAAAUUAGAGCUUAAUAUGUGAUGGUUUCUUAUUGAAUUACUGACCCCCAAAUAUCUUACGCCUUAAUAUUUUCUGGUGUAUGGUCAUUUGACAGCCAUUGACCACGCAUUCUAUGACUCUUUUCAUUCUGGAGGUCAUUGGUAACAACCGCAGAAACAGCAUUGGCUCUACAUAAGCUAUUACAGCAACAGUUGUCUGACUGGUGAUCACCAAUCAGUCAAUAUGUUAAUAUUGAUAGUGACAUUAUACUUUAUUCCCUUUUGAUCAAACUUUGUUAAGCUGGCUUCUUUGAUUUCUCUAGUCUGGGGCCUCUGGGCUGAUGAAAAGCUGGAGGAACCA